GCAGAGCACUGGCCUUCGUGAUCAUCAGGUAGUUCAUACAGGAGAAAAGCCUUUUCAGUGCAGUGAAUGUGGGAAAUCUUUUACCCGUAGCACUGCACCUUCGUUUUCAUCAGAGAGUUCAUACAGGAGAAAUGCCUUAUAAAUGCACUGUAUGUGGGAAAUCUUUUAAAACGAGCAAUGGUCUCCAGUAUCAUCAGAGAGUACACACUGGAGAAAAGCCUUAUCAAUGCAGUGAAUGUGGAAAAUCUUUUACCUCUAAGACCAUCCUUUGUCAACAUCAGAGAAUUCAUUCGGGAGAAAAGCCUUACAAAUGCAGUGAAUGUGGGAAGUCUUUUAUCCAGAGCACUGAACUUCGUUAUCAUCACAGACUUCAUACAGGAGAAAAGCCUUAUAAAUGCAGAGAAUGUGGGAAAUCUUUUACCCAUAGCUCCACUCUUUAUUAUCAUCACAGACUUCAUACAGGGGAAAAGCCUCAUAAAUGCAGUGAAUGUGGAAAAUCUUUUACACGUAGCAGUUCUCUCCAAUAUCAUCAGAGUGUUCACACUGGAGAAAAGCCUUAUAAAUGCAGUGAAUGUGGGAAAUCUUUUUUCGCUAAGACCGACCUUCAUCAUCAUCAGAGAGUUCAUACUGGAGAAAAGCCUUAUAAAUGCAGUGAAUGUGGAAAAUCAUUUAAAAGUAGAAAAGGACUCCAAUAUCAUCAGAGAGUUCACACUGGAGAAAAGCCUUAUCAAUGCAGUGAAUGUCAAAAAUCUUUUACCACUAAGACCGUCCUUCAUCGUCAUCAGAGAGUUCAUACGGGAGAAAAACCUUAUAAAUGCAGUGAAUGUGGAAAAUCUUUUACAAGUUGCAAUGGUCUCCAAUAUCAUCGGAGUGUUCACACUGGGGAAAAGCCUUAUCAAUGUAGUGAAUGUGGGAAAUCUUUUACCCAGAGCACUGCCCUUCAUUAUCAUCAGAGACUUCAUACAGGAGAAAAGCCUUAUAAAUGCAGUGAAUGUGGAAAAUCUUUUACAAGGAGCAGUGGUCUUCAAUAUCAUCAGAGAGUUCACACUGGAGAAAAACAUGAGUGCAAUUAAUAUGAGGUAUCUCUCUGCCAAAUUUCUAAAUUCGCUCUGCACAUGAGUCCAAAUGUGAGAAAUUUCUUAGAUGUGUAGGAAAUGUAGUUUCUUAGUUAGGACUUAACAUUAGUACAAGAAAAUUUGUGAGUCCUCAUUUUUCUGAAUUUUAUCUGAUACAUUUAAUCACCUACAUUAUGUAAAGUUCCCAUAAGUGUUCUUGUUGUGUUUGUUUUUAUGUUGGAACACGGUGUAAUUAUGUUGCAUGUUCUAACAUACAGAGAUGUCCUGCCAGAUCUAUGUCACUGCAUAUUUCUGUUGUAGAAGGUAUUUCAUCUGAACCACCUAUAAGGUCCCUACAAAUGCCAUCAAUCACCAUCCUCAUGUGCCCGGGGAAGCUAACUCUGUUGUCUUUUUUGUUGAAGAAAAUGAGGAAUACCUGAGCCCAUUGUUCUUUCUUUUUUCCCUGUCAUGCAUUGCCACAUGGGACUCAUUACUGUUGGCCCCAGUAAACAUAAUAUUGCAGAGGGAAUGCUUUCCGUGCAGGCCAGUGAUCAAUUUAUUGAGUGCCUGAGUCAUCAGUGGAAGAACUGCCAGUCUCAUAUCUCUUUGGUUUGUACAAUAAUGAACGCUUUUCCCUAAGA